AUGAAGCGCCUCCUGAGUACCAUCAACAAGCGCCCAACGCUCAAUCGGAGCCCUUCACGCGAAAAUCAGAAUUACUCCGAAGACUCGCCCGAAAGCAUCAUCAUCAGAGAAGUGAAUGCCUUUUGUCAAGAGGGACAAGGCCCGCACCAUCCGCAAGGAGAAGAGUACGUCCACCUGCCGAGUAUCGUCGAGAGCGCCGAGUCGAGUCCCAAUGCCGCGCGCGAAGCCGCCCACCUCCUUAGGAAACUGCUGUCGACACCGAACUCGACACCGACUAAUAUUCAGUACAAUGCGAUCAUGUUGAUGCGCAUCCUCAUCGAUAACCCCGGACACACAUUUUCUCGGAAUCUCGACGCCAAGUUCAUCGCGACGAUCAAGGAUAUGCUGCGCCAGGGGAAGGAUAUGGGUGUGCAACGGUUCCUGCGGGAAACACUGGAUGCAUUGGAGACACAGCGCGGUUGGGACGAGGAUCUGAAGCCGUUUGUGGAGAUGUGGAAGAAGGAAAAGGUCAAGAUGGAUAAAGCUUAUAAUAAUAACAAGAGUAAUGGCCGGGGUACUUGGCGAGGAAGCCCGUCGCGACAGAAUUCGGACCAAAUGUUCCGUGUCGAGCGUACCGAUUCGCUGCCGUCGCCUGAUGAGCUGGUUGCUCGUAUUUCCGAGGCUAAGACUUCGGCGAAGCUUUUGAUGCAGUUCGUCCAGUCGACGACACCGGCCGAGAUGCUCUCCAACGAUCUCAUCACAGAGUUCUCUGGUCGGUGUAGAAGGGCGUCGCGCGCGAUCCAGAACUAUAUCCACGCGACGAAUCCCCCUCCCGAUGAGGAUACCCUUCUGACACUGAUCGAGACGAACGACGAAUUGUCCGUAGCCCUUUCCAAACACCAGCGGGCCAUGCUCCAGGCGCGCAAGGCCCUUGGGCAACAAACACCGCCAGUGGAAUCGGCCAACCAGUCGCCCGAGCCAAACGACCAGCUCGCGGGUGCCGGCGCGGUGCGCCAAAUCCCACCCCCGCCUCUUCCGCAGCGCAGUCAGACGCCUCCCCCUCACAGUCCUCCCUCGCCAAUUUCUCCCGAAGCUCUUACCCACAGGUCUGGUACAACGAAGACCGUAGUAUCUGAUGUCUCAACGGCGGGUGGCAAUCCAUCAGCUGGGCGGUACGAGUAUCGAUCGGAGGAUUACCAAGUGCAGAACCCAUUCGCAGACAAUUACAGUAUUCCUGCGAUCCUGCCAGGCCCCGCGGACGAACCUGGUCGGGUAGAGGAGCAGCGAGACCAGUGGAAUGGGACGAGUCAGACAGCCAAACCCCCUCAAAACCAAAAUGCUUAG